CUUUUGGAUCGUCACAUAAAAAUAAUUCAGUACUAAAUGAAAAUGCAAAUUUCGUUAACUUGUAAAAACGAAAAUCUCGUUUUGGACGUAGAUUGAAUGAUAGUGUUUUCCAUACUUCUGUUUCACACUUCUUAAAGACCCUCUAUAUCCCUCCCAUAAUUUUACUUUACAUUGAACACUUUGAUCCUUUUACCUCAUAUUUUUUUUUAGUAUAUAUUCAUUAUUUCGAUCAUAGAAGGGUCAUUUUCUUGUAAAUAACCCAAAGAAUAGAUUUGGCGGUGUCUGCCCAAAAACAGCGUAUAACUUGUUAAAUUCAAUAUGGAUCUCAUUGAAGCUUCAAAUCUGUCGUAUACAUUCUCACCAGAAUUCCCACUGAGCCUUGAUCAUGUUUCAUUAAGCCUCCCUCGAGGAUCCAGGACAUUGCUCGUUGGCGCAAACGGUGCUGGUAAAUCAACUUUAUUGCGUCUGUUGGCCGGAAAGUCUCUAGCUAAGGCUGGAAAGGUGUCAGUAUUUGGUAAAGAUCCUUUUCGUGAAUCCCAAAGUACUGUUGUGUAUCUUGGAACAGAAUGGGUCAAUAAUCCAGUCGUUCAUCGAGAUAUGAACGUUGCUCGACUAAUUGCAUCUGUCGGAGGUGAUUUAUUUCCAGAACGCCGUGAUAUGCUACUUUCCAUUCUAGACAUUGAUCUUCGAUGGAGAAUGCAUGCCGUUUCUGAUGGUGAAAGACGUCGUGUUCAGCUUUGCAUGGGACUUUUACGACCAUUUGACGUCCUUUUGUUGGAUGAAGUUACUGUUGAUCUGGACGUACUUGCUCGUUCUGAUCUUUUAGCAUUUCUCCUUUCAGAAACCGAAAAAAGAAAGGCGACAAUUGUCUAUGCUACUCAUAUCUUUGAUGGUUUAGCAAGAUGGCCUACACACUUGGUACAUCUUUCUUUAGGGAAGGUCAUUGAUUCAGGUCCUGUUUCAAAGUUUCCAGAAAUCCACUCUGUUACCAAUACCGGAAACAGCGCCUUAUUAGAGACCUGUUUGACUUGGAUAAAGGAAGACAAACGGGUCCGCGGAUCUCGUGAAAAUGAAAAGCGUAACACUUGGCAAGACGUACAGGAUACUUUCAAAGUAGGUACAGAUGUUUUUACUGAUUACUUUAAAAUUUCUCGUGCGAGAUAAAUAUUACUAUUUUCUUUUACGGACUCAAAUUUUCGUCUACUCUGAUUAUACAGUUACAGUCGUAAACUGGAGAUCAAUCUUACCUCUAAUGAACCAUAAUUAAUUACCAAGUAUAUUCCAUAUCCAUGUCACAAGCGUCUAUAUUAUUAGUCUAGUUCAGUCUAUAUAUCCUUUUUGGGACCAUAUCAUCCA